AUGGGCUUCCAAUUUGUGGGCAAAGCAGUGUAUAUUGUGUAUGGGUUGCUGCCCUGUCAUUGUUUAUGGAGCUGCUAGGUUUCUCCACACAGACAUGGCUCACUGCAGGUGGUCUUGGAACAGUCUUGUUGACACCGGCUGGUCGUGGGAUAUUCACAAAUUUUCUUUCAAGUGCAAUGAUUCAUGCAACCCGUCCAUUUGUCGUGAAUGAGUGGAUUCAGACAAAGAUUGAAGACUAUGAAGUUUCUGGUACUGUUGAGUUCCGUAUAUGA